CGAUGCUUUAACAUCCCAUCACCGAUCAUGUUGACGCUCUGUUCCGGACUCCUUCGAGUCCUGCCCUUACUACUACUCGCCUUCACCAUCACAGUGUCCUCCGAGCAUACUUCCAACUGGGCCGUCCUCGUCUCAACCUCCCGAUUCUGGUUCAACUACCGUCAUCUCGCCAAUGUCCUCUCCUUGUACCGCACCGUCAAGCGGUUGGGCAUCCCCGACUCGCAGAUCAUCCUGAUGCUCCCCGAUGACAUGGCCUGCAACCCUCGCAAUGCCUUUCCCGGAACCGUUUACAGUAACGCAGAUCGCGCCGUUGAUCUCUACGGCGACAACAUCGAGGUCGACUAUCGGGGGUACGAGGUCACCGUGGAGAACUUCAUCCGCCUCCUGACGGAUCGCCUGGACGAAGAUGUACCACGCAGCAAGCGACUAGGCUCCGACGCUGGCAGUAACGUUUUGGUCUAUAUGACCGGUCACGGCGGCGACCAGUUUCUGAAAUUCCAAGACUCCGAGGAAAUCGGAGCCUGGGACCUGGCGGACGCCUUCGGUCAGAUGUGGGAAAAGAAGCGCUACCAUGAGCUUCUGUUUAUGAUUGAUACCUGCCAGGCCAACACCAUGUACACGCAUUUCUACUCGCCGAAUAUCAUCGCCACCGGAUCCAGUGAGCUUGACCAAUCUUCCUACUCUCACCAUGCGGACAAUGAUGUCGGGGUUGCGGUGAUCGACCGCUGGACAUACUAUGUGUUGGAAUUUUUGGAGACACAGGUGACAAGUGCCAAUUCGAAGCUCACGCUGGGCGACUUGUUCGAUUCGUACGACGAGUCCAAGAUCCAUUCCCAGCCGGGUGUAAGGUGGGACCUGUUUCCCGGCGGCGAGCAGGAAGGACGGCUUCGCACCGUGGCAGACUUCUUUGGGAAUGUGCAGAACGUCGAAGUUGAGAAUAUCAAUGCAACCGAGCCGGGCUCGCUGAAGGAGGAUUUGAUUGAGAUUGCCCGGCUCGUGGACAAAUGGCGUGCUCGCGACCAGGACUAUUUCGUCCGACAGAACGAGUCAUCAGUGUCGAAGGACGCCAGCGCGCAUGAGGAAUCUUCCCCGCAUUACACGGUCAGGUCCAAGGUUGGGCCGGCGAAGAUGUCGGAGGAAUCUACGUGGCAGAAGCGGUUGGUCGGAAUUUCCGUCCUAGGCGCGUGUGCUGCUGUCUGGCUUACGGGAUCGAUCUUGGGCGGGACCUCGGCUUGAUCUUGAGGAAGAAUAUUGCAUUUUAUGCGUAUUAUAGACUACUUCUUCUGGUUUGCAGAUGGUCGCCUGCCCUGAAGAUCUCCUGACCUAGAGGCUAGAGCACAUCUGCACCCGGAGUCUAUGUUAACCGGAUAGCGCAGGGAUGGCGUUCCAGGUGUCUUUUUUUUCCUUCCCAUACAACUUUUCACCGUUAUAAUCAGCAUAGCAUGUACACAGACGAAUGCAUUGUUUCUUGAUCAGAGCAGCCGGCCUAGGGCGACAUAAUAUGCUUUGGGACUAAAUUCAAGUUCAAGCCACGCUUGAAGGAUAAAACCCAUACUUGCGACAGCCAAUUUAGGGAACCCAUUCCCAUCGCCCCUCGAAACAAGCCCAUCUGCAGUGCAACAUUCUGAAGAACUGAAGAACGUGGAGAC